GCAGUCUGCACGGGCUGUGACAUAUCUGUUUAACACUAAAAUUGUUUUUUAUUUUUAAUAAUUACAGAAUUGAAAACUACGACCUCUAUCUAAACAAUGUCAGCAAGCGUCGAACAAGAACACCAUUUCCUGAGCCUGAAGCAAAUCACAUCUAUGUGUCCACUGGUUAUCCGAAUCCUAAAACGUUUCCCAUAAUAAAUGGACAAUUCAUGAUGAAUGAUGGCACAACGCUGGAUAUAUCUGAACCUGAAAUGAAGGCAACUUUACAGUAUGGCUCAGUAGCUGGUAACCAAGAGUUACGACACUGGCUGAUUGACUUGCAGCACCGCCUACACAGCCCACCACUCCUGGAGAGUGGAAACGAGCUGAACACCACUGAUCUCAUCAUGACAACAGGAUGCACAGAGGGAAUAGAAAAGGUUUUGGAGGCUGUAAUGGAGGAAGGGGAUAUGAUUCUUACAGAAACAUUCACAUACCCGUGUCUUUUUAAUUUGAUAACCCCGCUGGGAGUUAAAGCAGUGCCUGUGAGAUCGGACGAUGAGGGGAUGCUGCCGUCUGCCCUGGACAAUGUUUUGUCUACGUGGAGAGAGCAGACAUCUGGACGGCGGCCCAAGGUUUUGUACUGUAUUCCGUCUGCUGCAAACCCCACCGGCGUCACCUGGAGCAUGGCAAGGAAGAAGGACAUCUACAACGUAGCCAGACAUUAUGGACUCCUGAUUCUGGAGGACGAUCCUUAUUACAUGAUGCAGUUUUCUAGACCAAGAGUACCAAGUUUUCUCUCUCUGGAUACAGAUGGCAGAGUAAUUCGCCUUGAUACAUUUUCAAAGAUUUUAUCAGCUGGAAUCAGACUGGGCUUUAUGACUGGGCCAAAACAAAUUCUUGAAAGAGUUCAGCUUCAUAUGGAGGUUUCCUCAGUCCAUGGUGGAAACCUGGCACAGAUAAUGAUUUUAAAAGUGUUGCAGCAGAUGCACUAUGAGGGGUUCAUGGCACAUGGAGAUACUGUGUCGGACUUCUACCAGGAAAGAUGUGAGAAGGCUCUAAAACUUACUAAGAAGCACCUUACAGGUCUGGCAGAAUGGCGGGUCCCUCAUGGUGGAAUAUUUCUAUGGCUUCGCAUGCUUGGUUCCAGUAACAGCACUGAAGUUAUCAGGAAAGCGCAUGAGAAAGGUGCUACAUUCACUGAUGGGGCAUUCUUCAUGAAAGAGGGAAAACCGUGUGAAUAUAUCAGAAUGUCAUACUCCCUGAUCGACGACCAAGACAUGGAAACGGCUGUAAAGAUAUUGGCCUCUGUUCUCCGGGAAGAAGGAAAUCAAGAUGGUCAAGAAAACCCAGAAAAUAAAGAUCUACAUGACUGAAAGAUUGAUCUACACCACGUUUUAUUACAUUCAUAAUAAUUUGCCUCAAACAUAACAGUUCAGAUUUUUAAUAACAGGCCAAUAGGAACCAGGAGGGUGUGGGGGCCAGUGCUGGGUUGUUUUUUUCCUGCUCUAUAUAAUUAAAAGUAAAACAAUGGCUUGUGCCACCCACCCCAACGUGAAGGGUGUGACCCUCUAUUAGAGGUUGUCCCCCCCCCCCCCCCCCCGACUCCCCCACUCUAGAUAUGGUUCCUAUGGGUCUGUAAAUUGUGGCUUUAUUAAAAAACAAAUGUGCACGUGAGAUUGUAACAAAGCAGGCAGCUUACCACAUUUUUGUGGUUAUCCCAAAAUUUUGGGCUACCCGCCAUAUUUUGGACACCUCCCCAAAAAAAACAUUUGUGUAGUAUUCUACAAGGUGAAGAAACCUAAUCUGGUUUUUAUCCCCACCUGAUUAAAAUUGCUAAAGUUUUUUCUUUACAGAUUCCAAUCUCUAGGAGUACCAGUGAUUUCUCGUUCAAGCCAGUGCACAAUGACUGGUAUAUCAAAGGCUGUGGUAUGUACUACCCUGUCUGUGGGAUGGUGCAUUUAAAAGGCCCCUUGCUCUAGUGGUGUUGUGAUGUAUGCUGCUAAUCAAAGAGUAGCUAAUUAAGUGGUGACAGCGGGUUUCCUCUCUCAAUAUCUGUGUUUAACUAUAUGUCUGACACCAUAUAACUGUAAAUAAAAUUUGAGUGCGUGGUUAAA